AUGAUUUCCGGAACCAGACUGCGAACUGCACAGAAGCUGGCGAGCCAGCUUCGGGUGUCUUCCCGGGCUUUUACCGUAUCCGCUCGUCAAUUGGAUUCGGGCGCGGCGACGGCUGUGUCGGCGUCCAAGACGGAGACAGCCCCGAAGACUACAGACCCCUCCUCGCAGCCUCUCGAGGUUCUUCAGGCCCCGAACCGCACCGACAUUUGGGCUCGUAGCCAGAGGCCGCGCUCCGAGGCGAUGACUGGUCCCCGAUUCGAGCAGACCGAUUUCACUAAGCAGCCUCAACCAUACUCCGCCAUGGAAUUGGUUCACAAGGAGCCUGUUAGGUGGACACACGAGCGCGUGGUAGCUUGUGAUGGCGGCGGUGGUCCCGCUGGCCACCCGAGGGUAUUCAUCAACGUCGACAAGCCUGAGAUCACCCCUUGCGGCUACUGUGGACUUCCCUUUGCGAAUGAGCAUCACCGGAAGCACCUGGAAUCUCUCCCGAAAACCUCGUAUCCCCUUGCAUAG